AUGAAAUUUUUAAUACAUAUUUGGUUUCUUUUUUUAUUUAAUUAUAUUUCAGAAGCGAUUUCUAUAUCUCAUAAUUUGAAAUUAGAUAAGAAUUUUAAAACAGAAAGUUAUGUAAAUGUUAAAAAAAUUAUAAAAAGGGAUAUAUUAUUAAAUCGUUUGAAGUCAUGGAAUGUAAGCGGAAUACAAUAUUAUGUUAAACCACCAGUUAAUGAAACUAAUGUUGAUAAAGCAAUUGAAUAUAUUCAAAACAAUACUUGUAUAAAAUUUAUAAAAAUGAAUAAGGUUUUUUCUAAUAAGCAGGGUUUAAUUUUUAUAAAUCAUACAGGUUGUGCAUCUCGCAUUGGACUUGUAAAUUUAAGAAGACCACAGCCUAUUUCAUUAUCUAGAGCUUGUUAUUCAAGAGUUGGAUAUAUUUUACAUGAAAUUGGACAUGCAUUAGGAUUACCACAUGAACAAUCACGAAGUGAUAGAGAUGAUUAUGUGACAAUUAAUUUUACUAAUAUAAUAAGUGGUAGUCAAGGCAAUUUUAAUAAAAUCGUAAAAGAUCUUUAUAAAAAUUUUUCAACACAAUACGACUAUAGCUCUUUGAUGCAUUAUGCACCAAAGGAUUUUGCUAAAAAUAGACGCAUUCCAGUAAUAAAAUCUAAUUUACACGAAGCAUAUGAGAGGGCUAUGGGUAAUAGAAAAAAAAUGACAUUUAAUGAAAUUAAGCAAUUAAAUUUAUGCCAUUGUAAAAAAUGUACUUGCGCUACAAAAAAUGGUGUAAGAAGAAAAAACAAAACAGUAAAGUGUAUGAAUGGUGGUUAUGCAAAUUAUAAUGAUUGUAAAAAAUGCAUUUGUCCAACGGGAUUUACAGGAACGUUAUGCGAUGAAAUAGAAAAAGGUGACACAAGUUGUCCUGCUAAUAAAUAUGAAGUUAAAUCUGAAGAAAAAG